GUCCAGCUGUCCUUUUUUGUUCAGAGAUGACUACCGUGACCGUAACAAGCACCGCCGAGACGCAAAGUCCUACGCUGAAUCACCCAUACGUUGAGGCAUUCAACCGAAAUGCAAUAGGAUCCUCGACAGCUAUACAAUCCGGAAGCUCGGCUUCACACCGGUCCAUUUCUGUAGCUGAUAAUGCAUCGCUGGAGAGUGGUGAAAUGAGUCAGCCCAAUGACCCGCUCUUAUUACAAAACAUGAAGAAAAAUGAAGAAGAUAUAAAGCUUAUUCGAAAAAACGGCGGCUCACGACGAGUUCAAAAGUUUUACAGAGAGCAGAACAGUCUUAUCGACGAAAUGCUUGGCCCUUUAAACCCAGAGAGCGCUGAGGACGAAGAAAAACGGCUACUCAAGCUCAAGAUAGCUGUAUAUGGGUCCGUGGUAGCAAAUGUUGCACUCUUCGCUCUGCAGCUGGCUGCUGCUCUAUUAUCUGGAUCCUUGUCCAUUUUCGCCACAAUGGCUGAUGCAUUUAUGGAUCUUUUAAGUUCGGCUGUCUUGUUGUGGGCUACACGACAAGCUGCCAGACCUAAUUUGAUGAAAUAUCCAGCUGGAAAGGCUAGAAUGGAAACUGCAGGCAUUAUCGUUUUCGCAUGCUUGAUGACUUGUGUUGCUAUCUUUUUGAUUAUUGAGUCGGCUCAGAAGCUCGCGUCUGGUGGCCAUGAACCCAAUCUUGAUUACAGAUCGAUUGCCUUUGUCGCCACGGCAUUAGGUACCAAGUUCGUCCUUUACUUAUACUGCAGAACCCUUGCUACACAUCAAUCGGCUCGUGUCUUGGCACAAGACCAUCGCAACGAUCUUCUCGUCAACUCUUUAGGUCUCCUCACCGGUAUCUUGGGUUCAAAGCUUGCUGGUUGGGUAGAUCCUGUUGGAUGUAUUCUCAUUGCCUUGAUCAUCAUGCGAAGUUGGAUCUCAACGUUGAUAGAAAACAUCCAACUUAUCGUUGGCAAAAGCGCUGAUGUUGCUUUCCUUCAACGCGCUACAUACAUUGCUUUGACUCAUCCUGGCGUCACUGCUGUCGACACUUGUCGUGCAUACUAUGCUGGCAACAACCUGUUUGUUGAAGUGGACAUUGUGCUCCCUCCUGAGAUGCCUCUACGAGAAACCCAUGACAUUGGUGAAGCGUUGCAGAUCAAACUUGAAAGUCUUCCCAGUGUCGAACGUGCAUUCGUGCAUGUCGAUUAUGAAGUUAGCCAUAAGCCCGAGCAUUCCAAAAAUGUAUAGGUUAAGCCAUGUGUGCUGUAGGAGGCAGACGAUAUAUCAUUGAAGUGCGAUUAAUUCGGUGCGUAAAGAAGGCUUAAUAUAAUUACAUAGCAAUAAAAACAUUUGCGAAGCUACAUAUUCGCAAGAUUGCACAGGACGUUUACUCGUCCAUUACGUAUAUAACAUCUGA